AUGACGGUUUCUUACACCCUCAAAGUGGCGGAGGCCCGCUUUGGAGCCUUCUCUGGCCUGCUCCUCCGCUGGAGAGGCAGCAUCUACAAGCUCCUCUACAAGGAGUUCCUGCUGUUCAUCGCCUUGUAUGCUGUGCUCAGCAUCACUUACCGGCUGUUGCUGACCCAGGAGCAGAAGCACGUGUAUGCUCAGGUGGCCCGAUACUGCAACCGCUCAGCAGACCUCAUCCCCCUGUCAUUUGUACUAGGCUUCUAUGUGAGUCUGGUGGUGAACCGCUGGUGGUCUCAGUAUACAAGCAUCCCGCUGCCGGACCAGUUGAUGUGUGUCAUCUCAGCCAGCGUGCAUGGUGUGGACCAGCGUGGCCGUCUGCUACGCCGAACACUUAUCCGUUAUGCCAACCUGGCAUCAGUGCUGGUGCUGCGCUCUGUGAGCACCCGAGUGCUCAAACGUUUCCCCACCAUGGAGCACAUAGUGGAUGCAGGUUUCAUGUCUCAGGAAGAGAGAAAAAAGUUUGAAAGUCUGAAAUCGGACUUCAACAAGUACUGGGUCCCUUGUGUUUGGUUCACUAACCUGGCCGCCCAGGCACGAAGGGAGGGGCGAAUCCGUGAUGACAUUACUCUCUGUCUCCUUCUGGAAGAGCUGAACAAGUAUCGUGCCAAGUGCAGCAUGCUGUUCCACUAUGACUGGAUCAGUAUCCCCCUCGUCUACACUCAAGUUGUGACCAUAGCUGUAUACUCCUUCUUCACCCUUUCCCUGGUUGGCCGCCAGUUUGUGGAGCCAGAACCAGGAGCUACCAAACCUCAGGGGCCUCUGGACCCAGAUAAGGCUUCACCAGCACUGGGGGACCUGGACAUGUAUGUGCCUCUCACCACAUUACUGCAAUUCUUCUUCUACGCUGGUUGGCUCAAGGUAGCUGAACAGCUCAUUAACCCCUUUGGUGAGGAUGACGACGACUUCGAGACCAAUCAGCUCAUAGACCGAAACUUGCAGGUGUCCCUGCUAUCUGUGGAUGACAUGUACCAGAACCUGCCUCCAGCAGAGAAGGACCAGUACUGGGAUGAGGACCAACCGCAGCCACCCUACACUGUGGCCACCGCUGCUGAGUCGCUAAGGCCUUCCUUCCUAGGCUCCACCUUCAACUUGCGCAUGAGUGAUGACCCAGAGCAAAGCAUGCAGGUGGAGAUGUCCCCGAGGCUGGCCCAACCCUUGCCUGCUGCACAGACCCCACUGCUGGGCCGCCUCCUGGGCACUGGAGCACCCUCACCUGCUAUCAGCCUUCGGAACUUUGGGCGCAUGCGUGGUGCCCCCAGGACCCCACACGUGCUGCGCUUCAGGGUAGAGGAAGGCAGCCAAGAGGUCGCUGGACCAAUUGAGGAGGCUGCAGAAUGUGGGGAUGAGGCCCUGGAGCCCUGA